AUGGUGAUGGCAUUGGAGGCAUUUUGCGUGGAAACUGGACCAGUACUUGCGUGCAUUUGUGGACAGCUGCUGUUUUGCACGCAUUCGGCUGACAGAUGGAGCGAUUCACAGAACCUUAAGGAGAUUUCAAUUCAGGAGUCCAACGGCGUGAUCCUUGUUGUUGCCUCAGGCUUGACAUCCAAGACGACGGUCUCCAAGGAGGCAAAAACCCGGCGGCUACCUUAUGCAGCACUUGGUUGCGGGCUGUCUGGCCAUAACUGGGCAAAGGCUUGGCUAAAAGCUCGCGAACAUGAGGGCCUUUCUCUUGAGAAUUUUGCGCUGCCGUCACGUCUCGAAAGCCAAAACCGUUGGAGCACUGUAAAGAUGGGAAGCGUUGAGGCGACCAGCUACCUCCAGGACUUUCUGAUCUUGAAAGGAAUCGAUCAAGACCAAGCCAUGCAGAGGGCGACACAUUCUUUGAAGGCGACGUUGACCUCUUGGGCGGGCCGCUGCCCUCGCCCAAAAUUCAGCGGGGCGGAAAAGCGCCUCCUUGGACACCACAUUGCUCCGAAGGAGAAAUCACCCGCCACCUAUGCCAGGCAGCAGUACACCCUUUUGUACGGCCGUGUCAUGGCGAUGUUCGAGGCCAUUCGCGCGGGGGACUAUGACCCUGACUUGUCUGACGUUGAUCGGGUGGUGCAAGUGGCUGCAGCGGAGAGGCCUAGUGCCGCCCAUGAGGUCAUUGCUACGGAACCCGAGGCGCCUGUUCCACAACACGAGUUCGACGAGUUCGAGGACCCCCCUUCUUCACAAAGCUCUGAAGCUUCUGAGGCUCCAGGCCGCGGCGGGGGAGGCUUAGAGAGGGCGUCGCACCGAAGUCUGACAAUCGGUGAUGUCGCUCCCACUCGAACGCAAGUCGAGAUCUUUGAGGGAGGACAACUGAUGCCUACUCCAGCUGACUCGAAAUCUUUAUCGAGAAUCACCCAGCUGUGGGAGCCGAGGAGUCGAGCCAUGGCGGGAAUCGCGGUGGACAGCGAGGCCUGGUUUUUGGAGAGAUGCCAGAAAGUCAAAUUGAGCGAAUCCACCAUUCGCACCCUCAUCGAUGCGGGCUUCAAGAGCUUCGGGACCUUGGCUUUUGCUGUGUCAACCACACCGACGCAACUAGAUGAAGCCGAUGUGAAGCGUUGGAUAGAAAGCAUUUUCCCCCAUGACUUCCCGCCUGAUCAGUCCUCUAAAGUGAGACGUCUGAUGUUUGAAGCCCAGAACCUGAGCGUGGCUGACAUGAGGGCACGCGUGGAGCCUGCCGCUGACACAGCGGUGGUUCGUGCUAUGCCCAAUGCGGAGCGAUUGGCUCGCCAGGAAGCCUUGAAGAAGAGGGUCACGGGCCUCAUUCUCUCACCCGAAACCUUGCCUGCCCAUGCUGUCGUGGAUACUCUCGUCAAACAACUGGAGGAUGGAGUCCUUCAGUACUUGCCAGCCUACCGCAUCAUCAGCCGUGCCCAAGAAGCUCAGCAGUUGAAGAGAGACCAGCAGGUGGUGGUUGAUGGCGAAGGGAACUUGAAAAUGGCUAGCAAAGCUGAGUCCGCCACUUGUGACACGCACACUGACUUGGCUCUGCGCAAUGCUUGGACCCGUCGCUCGCUGGCCUAUGAUUUGGCGGGUCUCUGCAGCUUUCAGGUUCUUGAGGAGUGGUGUCACAAAUGCUUCCUGGCCUUGAUGAGGCCUGUGCCCAGUGGUUACUCCAAGGUAACCACUCAUCAACUCAUUGCUGCCGACAGGCACCUGUUCACGCUGGCCUCGCAUGCCCUCCUUGGCAAACUCGCCGGCGAGCCCGGCCGCGAGAAGCCUCUGGAGACCCAGAUCAAGCUGUUGUCUGAGUCCCAAGAGGUUUUGCAGUACCUAAAUGCUCUCCCUACUCCUCCUCCUUCUGCACCCUGGCCAGGCAAGCGCAAAUGGGAUGACCCGAAAGGGGGUGAGAAGGGCGAUAAAGGGAGAGGUAAAGGUAAGGGCAAGUCGUCUAAAGGAGAGGCUCGCAAGGAGUUCACGGUGCCCGACGGCUGUGUGAGCCGCGUGAACGACAAGCCUGUAUGUUUUGCCUUUAAUCAAGGAAUCCAUCUAAACGAGAUGCCUUCCAUCGCCGGAGCUUUGGUUGCGGUGCCUGGGUGUUCGGGUCCCAGAUCGGAAUUCGUACUGUUCCGCAAUGGCCAAAUCUGGGAAGAAUGCGAAGGCGGGGCUGACCGCUUUGAGGACGCUUCAGGCACUUUCUGGGGGCGUCUGCAUGAGGUAUCCGCAGAGCCAGUCUUGCUUCAUGCCGCAGUGAACCGCCAUGCUGUUUUGCCUUGGCAGGGCCGCAGGGUCGUGCUGAUUGCCUUCACCCCCAGGGACAGUCCUAAGCUUCCCCCUCCCGACCGUGACUGGCUACGCUCACUUGGCUUUCGCCUACCUUCCUCGUCCGCCUUGACCAUCCCUGGCCAAACCAAACUCUUUCUCGAGGUCUUCUCAGGCUCCGCAACCCUGGCUCGAGCCGCCCAGAGGCUCGGGUUCACUGCCGUUGCCGUCGACAACUGCCCCCGGCGCCCUCAGGUUCCUACGGUUCGCCUUGACCUUGCUUCCAGUCUGGGCCGCGAUGCCUUGUUUCGCUUGUUGAGUGAUAAAAAGCCUGCCGCGGUGCACCUGGGCCCCCCUUGUGGCACCUCCUCUCGGGCCCGUGAGCGGCCCUUGCCGGCAAGGUUAAAAGCCCUCGGCCUCCGUGACCCUCGGCCGCUUCGGAGCGCCGACUUUCCCCUCGGUUUGCCUCACAUCGACCCUGCAAGCGAUGAUGGUUUGCGCCUGGCCGCCGCCAAUCGUCUUUAUGACCUGGUCUUUCAUGUCCUACUUUGGUGUGCUGAGCACGAUUGUGUCUUCACUCUCGAAAACCCCACGAACUCGUGGUUCUGGAGUGUGCUAGCCUUGAAGGUCCGACAGCACGCUUCGCCCAAGGUCCGCCGCUGGUUCACUGACUUGCAUGAGAUCAUCUUCGACGCGUGUGAGCACGGUGGUGCUCGCCCAAAAUCCACCAAGCUGCUCAGCAACCGGGAUGCCUUUGGAUGCCUUCGGGCCCGCUGCAGCGGCCGUCAUGUGCAUGAACCUUGGGGCGUCAGCUGGCGCGCUGGAGGUUGGGUUUGGUCCACUCAUCUCGAGGCGCAGUAUCCUCUUGUGUUGGCGGCUCGAUGGGCUGCCUGCUUUGCGUCUGCUUGCGACGUUUCCCCUGGCCUUCCGGAAGCCCCCGACCCUCGUUUGCAGGCUCUGUCAGCCGUGGGUCGCCAAACCCGUAAGCAUAAGCCCUUGGUUUCUGAAUACAAGUUCGUGAGCAUAAUGCCGCGCGGCCAGAUUCCCUCCUCCGGUUGCAAGGUCCUCGGCGCGCCUCCCGUGCAAGGGGGUGACUCGGGGGAGGCCGCCGAAGUUUUUCCUGAAACUUCUCCAGACAGUGAGGGGCUUGGUUUGGAUAGGGGUGAAGAUUGCCAGGUUGGAUUCUACAGAGAUCCUAGUGAGUGGUUCCAGGCUGCCAAGAAAGUGUGCCACCCUCUUGACUCCGAGAACGAACUCCCAAAGGAGCUGAAGGCUUCCCUUGAGGCCAACAUGGUUGCUGAUCGCCGGGCCCUCUUUCUUCGUCGAAAACUCGCACUGAUGAAGGCAGAGAUCCUUGCCAAAAAGCUGGAACAAGACGAGAGCAAACUUCACUCAGCUAUGCCGUCGUGGAUGCAGUCUGUGAUGCAAGGCAAGAAGAUCUUACUCCUGGAAUCAUUGUUGCGGCAGCACAACUUUGACGACAUGGAGGUGACUAUGGACGAGGCGCAGGCUGGAUGGCUUCAGGGGCCGUUCAGCAGUGAAAAGGAAGUUUCAGAGCACUUGGGAAGGUCGGAUUGGAGUUUGAUGCGAAGGUUCGGCGUUCGACAAGGAGGCAAACUGAGGCCGAUUGACGAUGCCUGCGAUUCCGACUUGAACAGCACUUUCACCAGCACCAUGAAGCUAAAGUUACAGGACGGUGACUUUUGCAUCUCUUUGGCUAUGGAAAUUGCAAAGCGCGUAGUGGGAAAGCCGGGAGUCGUACCUAGAGAAUGGAGUGGCCGAUGCCUCGAUCUAAGUGGUGCUUAUAAACAGAUGGCAGUUUGUGAGCAACAUCGGAGCUUGUGUGUUCUGCUUCUGCGUGAUGCCGAUGGCCACCCAAUCUUUUUCAUUUCUUCAGCAAUGGUUUUCGGGGCAUCAGCUUCAGUCUAUGCCUUCUUAAGAAUAGCUCGGGCCUUGAGCUUCUUAUUGAACGUCGUGCUGGAGAUACCUCAUGCAAACUUCUUCGACGACUUUCCAAUCCUUGUGCCUUCGGAAGAUGCUGAACAGGUGGGCCUCUUAUGCACAAAGUUCCUGCACAUGUUGGGUUGGAAACAUGCCGAAAUCGGUGAGGGUCACAAAGGCCUCCCCUUUGCGAAAUCCUUUGACGUGCUGGGCUUGCAUCUCGACGUCUCUUGCAUAUCUUCAGGGAUUUUGACGGUGGCUAACAAGCUCGGCCGGGUUGACCGACUCCUUGAGCGCCUUCGAGAGAUCCAAGAGUCAGCGGUCCUCAGCCGCCACGAGGGCCAGGUCCUUCUGGGCCUCUUGCGAUACGCGGCUGGGUUCUUCGGAGGCAGAACUUUACGUUAUGUCUGUGAGGAUUUGAAUGCCAUAGUACAUCAUGGACAUCACCCUUCCCCUGUUGCGGUCAAGAUGCUUUGUCGACGCGCCAUAACUGCAUUGGAAUCGUCCAAGCCCCUCCAGCUCAAGGCAGAUAUGCCGAGUUCUCCGGUGCAUCUCUUUACAGACGGUAGCUGGGAAAAAGGUGUGGCCGGAGUUGGGGCUGUGUUUUUCGACUCACACGAUGGAUCUGCAGAAGUUUAUGGAGGCGAGAUGCCAAAGGACAUGGUCGAAUCGCUGCAACAGACAGAUGGUGAUCACUUGAUUGGACAAAUCGAAACCUACGCUGUCGUGGCCAUGCGAAUACACCUGGCUCAUCGUUUUUCAGGACGCCGGGUGAUCAUUUGGACAGACAAUGAAGGCUGUCGCUUUGGGCUCAUAAAAGGCCGCUCAAAAUCCCACACGAUGGACACGUUGAUCAGGAGCUUCGCUGCUGCCGAGGAUGCCAAUCCAAGUCAUACCUGGAUAUGUCGUGUGCCGAGUUACUCGAACAUCGCUGAUGGGCCUUCUCGGGGAAAGCCUGAGGAGGCCCUGAGAAUUUCGGGAGCUGCUGCGUGUCAGUCUUUUCCAUGGAUUCGGCAAGCAUUCGAUCUUACCUGA